ACUGAAGAUGGGGAAAGCGAAGAAAACUCCUAAAUUUGCUGUUAUGAAGAAAAUCGUCACCCAUAAAGCAAUUAAACAGUACAAGGAGGAUGUCUUGAACCCUAAUAGGAAAGACUUGACCAAGGAGAAACUCCCCCGCAAUGUGCCGCAAGUUUCAUCAGCGCUUUACUUCAAGCACAAUACUGCUUUAGGGCCGCCAUACCGAGUAUUGGUGGAUACUAAUUUCAUUAAUUUCUCCAUCCAAAAUAAAUUAGAUUUGGAGAAAGCAAUGGUGGACUGCUUGUAUGCAAAAUGCACUCCUUGCAUUACAGACUGUGUUAUGGCCGAGCUUGAGAAGUUGGGUCAGAAAUACCGAGUUGCUUUGAGG